GGUCAAAUAACCCAUUUUUGAUUAUUUUCAUCAAAAAUUAAAAAAUUCAUAACUCAGUCAAAAUCCAUCCAACCUACUUGAGAAUGUCAGGAAAUACUCUAUUUUAUCCGCUCAUUCUGAUUCUGUACUUAAAAUCAAUAAAAAAUAUUCGCUUAGUUUCGAAGGUUUCUGAGAAACCCUUCUAGAAAUCAAAGUAUUUUCUGUUAGUUCUUUUCAACAUUUAUUGGCUCUACGGUACAGAAUCAGAAUGAGCGGAUAAAAUAGAGUAUUUCCUGACAUUCUUCUAAAAUUAUCCAGUGUUCGGUAUUUCUUCGAAGCAAGCCCAUUUUCUCCAACAUUUUUGUUAGUGAUUAUGUUUGUUCUAUUUUUUAAACACAUAAAGGUGUUGACUAGGCUUUGUCUUAGUCAGCUGGCAGCAGCUGUUAGGUGAACGGCAGAAAAUAGAAGAAAAUAUUAUUAUUGCGCUUGACAAGCAAAGCUAAACAUUGGAAAAAAACAAAAAAAUUCAAAAAUUCUUCAAAAUCCGACAGUUUUAAAGGAGGGGUGGGAUCUUCUAGUUUGUUUUUUGCGUCUCUAGCUCAAGGGGGUCUUCUAUUGUAGAGGGGUCUUGUAAUGUGUCCACCCCUUUGCUAAACAAAGAUUCUUCUCACAUGACAUCACAGCAUAAAGAAACUUUGACUGCGCGAUGACGGUUUUGUCAAGUUCUGCGUUAUAUAGUUAGGUAAGAUAGUAAAUGCUUUUUCGAAAACUUUUCAAGUUUUCGAUAUUGUUAGCAGUUAUGUCGGCUCUUUGACGAUGUCCUUCUCCUUGGCUUCGCGUAUGCUAGACCCGUAAUCGUAUUUCCUUGAUCAAAAGGAGCUAUUGUUAUCGAGUUUAAUGAGGACUGUAUUGUAGGAAAACUACCAAAUCCAAACGAAGCUUGUAUAGUAGGUGCUGUUGUUUGUGUUGAGAAUGCGGAGGUAGACGAACCAAAUCCACGAAAUGGAUUACUGUUCAAAGAAACAACAGCAGGAGGAUUUAUUGAAGAGGAAGCUACUUGUCCGAAUCCAUUACUCAUGUUUGAUGGCGUCGUCGUGAGUGUGGUGAGUGUUGUUUGGGGAACAGCUGACAAAAAUGUGCACGGAACAACGUUAAACUCUACAAGAAAGGAAUUAUAUAGAGAUCGGAAGCGCGUGGCUCUUGUAACAUGUUAA